UCUCCAGCUGUAUAUGGCCAUGCCGGCAGUCUCCAGCGACAUGAACUCGUUCGUUGCGCGACUGGCGACAUUCGACCAGCCGCAACAGCUCACCAAGCGACGCGCCAGCUCUAAUACCAGCAAGAGGAAAGCUGGAAACACAGUCGAGUGGCCUCACGCGAACCCUUCCAAGGAGGCUCUCGCCCGCGCGGGCUUCUUCUACCGCCCCGCCUCCGACUCGAACGAUAACGUCCAAUGCUUCCACUGCACCGUUAAGCUCGAUGGCUGGGAGGAGAGCGACGAUCCCGUCUCGGAACAUCUGGCCCACUCUGCCUACUGCGCUUGGGCGACAGCGAUCAGCGUGACCAGAGACGAAGAUUCCACCCAGGAACCAGAAACACGCGAUCCCCUGAGCGAUGAAUUGUACACAGCACGAAAGCAGACCUUCACAACGGGAAAUGGCUGGCCACACGAGUCCAAGAAAGGGUGGAAGUGCAAAGUGAACAAGCUUGUGGAGGCGGGAUGGUGUUGGGAUCCCAGUCCCGAGGGUGAUGAGCCAGAUGGAGUUACUUGCUUCUACUGUAAUUUGAGUCUGGACGGCUGGGAGCCCAAAGAUGAUCCCUUCGUGGAGCACAAGCGACGAGAGCCGCAAUGUCCAUUCUUCUCGCUACUGGAACAUUAUCAUGGAUCUGCGGAGCCUCCGAAGAAGGGCAGGGCUAAGAGUAAGGCUAGAGGCAGCACCGCAAGCAAGGCUAGUAGAAUGAGCACGCAGAGCGCGAUGACUGCAGCAAGCGAUGCGCAAAGUCUACAUGAUAGUUUUGGAGACAUUCCGAUGAAUAGCAGUCUCGCACAUGUGGAUGAUAGCAUCAUGACAGCAGGCACGACAGCUUCAUCGGCAACUACGACGAAGGGCAAGAAGAAGACGGCCAAGACAAAAGCAGUCGCAAAGAGCAGCAGGAGCAAGAAGAAGGUCACGAAUGGAGAGGAUGUCGAAAUUCAUCAUACUGACCUUGAACAGGAGGUGGAAGUAGAGGCAGAGGCAGCAUCAGCACCGGAAGCAAAGGGGCCAAGUAGAACAGGCCGCGGCUCUAAGCAACCUACGGUCCUCGAUUCUUCUGUGAUUGAGAUCAGCGUAAUCGAUAAACCUCCGCCGAAGAAGGCGAGUCGAACGAGAAAGCCGAAGACGCAACCUGAAUCAGAACCACAACCGGAAAUGGAGCCCAGCAUAGAACACGGAGCAGACGAAGUGCCUCUAAUACCACAGACCCCUGAUGCGGAAGCGGCUGCGCAAGCACGACUCAGCGAAGUGUCUGCACAACUCCAAGACGAGCUUGAGCAAUCUGUCGAUAACUUCGCAGAAGAUCUUGAUCAGUCUACACCUGUGGUGCAAGAGCAAAAUAAAGCUAAGCGUGGUCUCAAACGGAUGUCAAACGGUCUUCGAAAGCAACAAGAUUCUAGUAGCCUUCUCGAAGUAGAUGCGCCCUCAAAACCCGAACCAGCUCCCAAGGUCAAGCGUGGACGGAAGUCAGAACGGACAUCCAUAGCUUCUGUCGACGCCGAGCUGGAAGUCGCACCAGAACCACGGCCGGAAGUCGAAGAUCAAAUAGAGCCCGAUCCUCUACCCACCAGCCAGGAUGCUGAAGCUGACGACGAAAACUCGCAACCCAAGAAAGCACCUGCCAAGAAAGGCCGAGGAAGACCUAAGGGAAAGAAGAACUCUUCCACGCGAGCUUCCAAGGCGACGAGAACGUCCUCAGAACUUGAGCCUGAUGUCGCCGAGGACCUGGCACGAGAUGAACUGGAGAUUGAGCAAGAGCUCGAACGAAUCGCUACCCAACAACUAUCCUCACAACAACAGGCUGAUUCCGCUAUACAGCAUGAGCAAGAUCUUGUCGAUGAGUACGACCCCUCGCCGACCCAAGAACGUCGAAGCAAGGACAACUCCGAACUGCAGCAACUCCGCGAUGAAGUCGCUGCAGAAGCAGAGAAAGCCUUUUCCCCUUCAAGUCGUGUCGAAUUACUUGAACAUUCUUCUCGCAUGCCCGGCGGCUUCACACCUUCUCCAAAUGGUAGUGAUAAGGAGAAUGUCCCUUCAUCAGUCAUGCACCCUGUAACGGCGCAAAGAGCUCCCCAAGUUCUAUUAUCACCCACGAAACCAGUAACAACAACAAGAAUUCCACUAGCUCCAGGUACGCCGAAUCGGUCUCCUAUGAAGAUGUCGAACCCUUCCCCUUCCAAACAAGUCGCUGGAUUACAAUCUCGACAUCCGUGGAAUGCCAUCGACCUCGAUACGGUAUUACUCCCCAGCCCACAACCUAGCCCAGGGCGGGUCGGUGAACAGCUUGUUGCUGCGGCUGGGCAGUUGACGAGUCCGGAGAAGAAGAUGAGUGUGGAAGAGUGGGUUCGGUACCAAGCUGAACAGAGCGAGGUGGAAUUGCGGAGGAAGUGUGAGAGAAUGGUAGAAGCUUUCGAGAAGCAGGGGAUGAGAGCAAUGGAGAGUUUGAUGGGGGUCGAUGUUAUUGGAUAGCAGAUCACUCGCCGAUGUAUUUCGUAGCAACGUUCUGCAUCUAAGAAGAACCGUCUCCAAUCAUAAUCCACAUCAUGAUCAUCAUCAUCAUCUUCAUCCUCAUCAUCAAAAAAACACCAAACACUUCAACUCCAUACUCGCCCUCCCUUCAUCCCCACAAUACUCCUCAUCCUCAAAACACGAAUGGAACACACUCAUCCGAUUCUCAAAUUUCCCCUCUUCAACUCCCUCACUAUCCCACUGCACAAACAUAACAGGCUCCUCUCUCUUCUGAUGUCGCAAAAACACCCAUUCGUGCUGUUCCCCAUAACUCGCCGUAUCCAAC